GUAGUGCCUAAUCUUCACAUUUCACGUUUGUUGGAUGGAAAUUGCAGGAGCUUCACAUCGACUCACUGGAAAUAAAUUGAUGCUUGUGGACAGAGAAGGUUUGACUGCACACAAUACAUAACUUCCAUGAUGAACAGACAAGGAAAUCAUAUGAAGAAACUUCAAACAUGCAUUUUUUUACUAUUGGUCAUAGAAUUUGCAGUUGGACAUAGUGUCAAAAACAAAGGGGAUUGUGCUAAAAAUGAAUUCUGGUGUGGAGAUGGGUUCUGCUGUGACAAAUGUGAACCAGGGUAUAAGUUAGUAAAGAAAUGCUCCAGUGGAGUGAAGUCUAUAUGUGAGAAAUGUACAGAAGGGACCUACCAAGACAAGAUGAACUAUUUCCCAAACUGCUUCAGAUGCCAAAAAUGCAUCAAGCUUAGUAGACCUCAUGCAGUGGAGAUUUCAGCAUGUACGGCCCAAAAUAACACAGUUUGUGGAUGUCAGCAUGGGUACCGCAAGAGAUUUCUUAACAGCUUUACAUGGGAUUGUGUCCUCUCUAAGAAGAUGAAACACUAACGUGCAUUUAUAUUUAAGCACACUUUUAUCCAAAGUGAGAAUGACAGUAUUAACCAAUACAGUAUUUGCCAAAGUGAUGUUUUUGUUUAUUAAAAAUGCAUUAAAAUGUUUAUAUGCAUGUUGCACAGUUGUUCAGUGUAAACUAAGUUUUUAAAGAGGCUUGGAGAAAACAAUACACAUUAUGUGAUUUAAUACCUAGCAGAAAUUGUAGAAAAUAUUUUUGUCUACUCAAAUAAAACCCACAUUCUCUUA